ACGCCCCUUCGCUGCCUCGACACCAGAUCUGGCUCGUUAACGUGUCUGGAAUGAGCGUGAGCCACCUCUCAGCUGGCAAGCACAAGGGGCAUACUUGGAUUCCCAGGUUGGAAGAUUAUCUCAUUCAAGCACAGUUCUCCCAAAGAUAUAUAAGUGCAGAGAGUGUGGUGGUCCCUGCAGAGCUGGCCUGAGCCCUGGGAGGUGUCAGCCCUACAGGAGCACAGCCUUCGAGCAGCAGCAAACAUGACGAUGAUGAUGAAAGUAGAAGAGCUGGUGACAGGGAAGAAGGUGGAUGAUAAAGAGACUGGCAGCUUCCUCCCUGAGGACUUCAAAAAUGGAGAGUAUGAAGCUGCCGUAAGAUUAGAGAAGCAGGAGGACCUAAAGACAAUCCCUGAGCACUCAUUGACUCGAGGUGAUCUGGCUUAUGAGAAGGAGAAAAAACUAGAAGCAGAGCUGAAGAAGAAGAAAUUAGAGGCCAGGUCAAAACUUGAAAACUUGGAGGAUCUUGAAAAAAUUAUCCAGCUGAAGAAGAAGAAAAAAUGCAAGAAAGUGAAAGUGCCUGUUUUAAAGAAACCUGAACCAGAAGUUAUUACAGGACCUGUGGAUAUCCCCACAUUCUUCAAAGCUGCACUGGAGAAUAAGUUGCCCGUAAUUGAAAAAUACCUGUCAGAAAAAGGGGAUCCAAAUGUCUGUGAUAAGUUCAAACGCACUGCACUGCACAGGGCGUGCUCCGAAGGACAUCUAGAGGUGGUGAAAAAGUUGGUGGAAGCUGGAGCCCGGCUUGAACAGAAAGACAUGCUUCAUUCUACAGCUCUGCACUGGGCAUGCCGGGGAGGGAAUCUGGAUGUUCUGAAAUUCUUACUGGACAAAGGGAUAAACAUAAAUGCAAGAGACAAGCUGCUCAGCACGCCCUUGCACGUGGCUGUGCGAACAGGUCGCUACGACUGCGGAGAGCACCUCAUUGCCUGUGAAGCAGAUCUCAACGCCAGAGACAGGGAAGGAGACACACCAAUGCACGACGCCGUGAGGCUGAACCGCUACAAAAUCAUCAGGCUCCUGAUCCUGCACGGAGCAGACCUGACUCUAAAGAACUGCGAAGGGAAAACUCCUAUGGAUCUUGUUCUUCAGUGGCAGAAUGGCACCAAAGAGAUAUUCAACAGCCUGAAAGACAAUUCUAAAAAGAGUGCUCAUCUAGGUAAAUUCUGAAGAAAGAAACCAGACCAUGCUUUGUGUUUGAAAUGCUUCCCACGAACCUGGAUGAAAAUGUCCUUGAACCUUGGCCUUAAGGCACUGGAUAUUUGAGGUGCCUUCACUGAAAAUUGCAAAAAACCUGCAAAGAAAUUAUUUUGAAAGACAAGUUGAGUGUUAAAAUUCCACUAGCUCUAAAAUGCCUUUAUUUAUUUCUAUUUAUUAUUUAUUUAUAAGUAAUUUUUAAUGAUCCUCAAUAUUAUUUAAGCUUUUUUUUAAUAGAUGCAAUUGCUCUAAAUGCAAUCUUUGCCAGCAACAUAAAUCCUUUUGUCUUAAAUGGCAGCCUUUUCAACCAUAUUAGCAACUUUCCUCGAGCCUUCCAAUAGCUCUAAAUAGAAAAUACUUGCAACUGUUGCCUUGUCUCACUACUAAAAUAACCUGUGAAUUGAGUGGUGGUAUGUGGAAGAGCAAUGGGAGAAGGUAUACUGAGGUGCCAAGUGGAUUUAAUGAAGUAGUUGAGGAAUGGUGUUUACUCAGGGUUUGGCAAUCGUGGUUGAUAAUGAGCUUGAGGACAGAGCUCCAACCACCACGUACCCCUUUGGACUGAAGGAUUCAGAUACAAUGUUGUGAAGGUGAGAGGAGAUGGUGUCAGGGAAGUGAAUUUUUUUAAAAACUAGACUACUACUAAGUAUGAUGAUAGAAGAAUGCAAAAUCAGAUUAUGUAUAUUUGUAAAUUUGUACUGCUUUUUCUGUACAUUUUGAACUGAUCCAUUUCAGAUUAAAUAAACAGAGUGGUUCUUUUUA